AUUGGCUGGAGGUGCUGUCAGUCAGUCCCCAUUCUUCCCACGGUCAUGGUGCCCUCCCCCGCUGGUCGGGCCGCCGAGCGGAGCCGGCUGGGGAGGUGCGGCGGGUCGAGGCGAUGCCGCUGGGCCGCUGGAAGAAGGCUGCCCCCUUGAUGGAAAACGAUGAGGCGGAGGCCACGGCCCGGGAGCGCUGGCUGGAAGCGGAGCGGCCUCGGACGGCGGCGACGGGCGAGGCCUCGGGCUCGGCGAGCGGGCCGGCCGCCCCCGGCCCCCUGCCCCUCAGGCCGCGCCUCGCCUUCCACACGCAGCUGGCGCACGGCAGCGCCACUGGGCGAGUGGAGGGCUUCAGCAACGUGAAGGAGUUGUACGCCAAGCUCGGGGAGGCGUUCGGUCUGCACCCGUCGGAGAUCAUGUUCUGCACUCUGAACACCCAUAAAGUGGACAUGGACAAACUGCUGGGUGGCCAGAUUGGCCUGGAGGAUUUCAUCUUUGCUCACAUCAGAGGGCAGAAGAAAGAAGUGGAGAUCUACAAAUCGGAAGAUGCUUUGGGACUGACCAUCACUGACAAUGGAGCGGGUUAUGCAUUCAUAAAGAGAAUCAAGGAAGGCAGCCUCAUUGACCGAAUGCAAGUCAUCCAAGUUGGGGAUCUAAUUGAGGCGAUCAAUGGCCAGAGUGUUAUUGGUUCCCGCCACUUCGAAGUUGCUAAGCUACUGAAAGGUCUCAUGAAGGGGCAGUUAUUCACUUUGCGUCUUGUGGAGCCCCUAAAAGCUUUUGACAUGAUAAGUCAGCGUUCCAAAGGGGGAAAAUCUGCUUCAAGUGGGCAACUGGGUACUGGAAAAGGCACACUGCGUCUACGGGCAAAAGGGGUAGCCACUGUGGAAGAAGAGCCAUCAGCAUUUGAAGAGAAAGCCAUUGAGAAAGUGGAUGACCUGCUGGAAAGUUACAUGGGAAUUCGGGAUACUGAGCUAGCUGCUACUAUGGUGGACCUGGGCAAGAACCGGAAGAAUCCAGAUGAGUUUGCACAGGCACUUGACGAGGACCUUGGCGACUUUGCAUUUCCUGACGAGUUUGUCUUCGAUGUUUGGGGUGCAAUUGGAGACGCAAAAGCUGGCCGAUGAUUGUCAAAGGCCAGUUGCAAGGACUUCAAGCUCAAUAGAAGCGUCAUUGAAAAAUAUUUAUAUAGAGAAAAUAUGCUAAUAAUUUUAGAACUUUGGGUGCUGGGUUACUUUUUACAAACAUUUCUGAGUGGUUUUAUACGGUUGCAUCGACCAAUAAUUGUUUCUAGACUACAUCUGUUUAUGUAGGGAGGUACAUGUGGCGCUUAGGUGCUAAACUGUGGCGUGCUGCUGGAGUCUGCAAAGUGGAUUUUUGAGAGCAUUUUUCUGUGACAAUUAUGCAAAUGUUAUUAAUAUAUUUUUACAGGUGUGCUAAUGAGAAUCAAUUUUUUUGGGGGGGGGGUGGUGGUGCGGGGGCGGGGGGUAGAUGUGGAGGGAAAAAAUCUCUCAAGGUUUGAAUUCCAGCCAGGUUUUGUAGGCUGCAGAUUUAAAAAAAAAUGUUUGAGCUCAACAGUAAGGCACUGGUUCCUAACCUUAGAAUGAAGUCACACCUGUUCACAGUUGCUGAAAUAGGCACCCACCCACAAAGGCCUGAUGUCACAGCCUCUACUUUUAAGGAAAUGGGGUUGUUCUGGGGAUUCCUGGGGGCUGCCAGUAGCCUUGCACCUGGAGUUGCUAGUGCACCUAGCAUAUUUUUAUUUAUUACUUGUGAACUUUUUAAUUAAAUUACCUCAAUGUUAUUAAAGCCUUUCUGUAACUGUCAGUGCUCCUCUGACACAAGAGAGGUCCUGCAGUCUAAUCUGGGACCACUGCACUAAGGGAAUGCUUCUUUCACUGAAACACUUGAUAUAUCUUAACUUUCUUAACUGGUACUUUAUAUUUUUGUCUGUACUGAUUUUUCUACUUUCAGAUGCCAAGCAUUGGUGUCUUUCAGGCUGAGAAUUGGGAAGCAGCACUCUUGGCGAAGGCAGGGAAAGGCUUGUAUCAUUCUCCCCCAUCUCUUGCAAGGUGUUUCACUUGCAAAAUUAUGAGUUGCAAGAAAUGCUUUGGCACUAUUUUUGCUUGUGAAAUAAACUAAUGCUGUUUUAAACAGUAGAUUAGAAGAGAGGACUAUGGAAUUCCAUCAAGCAUUACCACUGAUUGCUCUACAGUCCCUUGGCACUAUUGGUUUUUAACCCAUUUGAGAUGUCAUUAGAGCUUGAAUUGUAAUAUUGGGUCUAUGAAAUAUUCAUAUGGUUUCUAGUCAAAUGGAAUGAAAGUACCCAGUGUCACAGUUGUGACCUUCCAGCCUAAAUAGUGCCUGUGGUGAAUUCUCUUGAAAGAGCUGGUAUGUUUCGCAGCCUCAAGCUGUCCCAAAGCACUUUACAGCCAACUAAUACUUCUUAAGUGCAACCACAAUUGUAAUGAAGCAGACAGACUGCACACAGUAAAAAUCCCACAAACAGCAAUGUGAUGAUGUCUUGUGAUAUUGGCUGAGGAUUAAAUGUCAUCCAUGAUAGUGGACAGGACUCCCCCUACAGUGCCGAGGGAUCUUUUGUCUGCAUAGUUUGGGUUUAAUGUGGAGGUCUUCUGAUGCUGCUAGAUGUUACGUGACUAUAAAUUCAGAGCAUAGCGGUACAAUAUUCUCUGGUUAUUAUAUAUCAUAUGUAAGCUGAAUAAGCAUAUUUACUUAAAUCGUCUUUGUUAUGUGUACAGUAGGUCAGGACAUGGUGACUCACUAGGUUGAUCACUGCACAGUAAAGUAAAAGCAAAAAGAAACUGCAAGUGCUGCAAAUCUGAAAUAAAACAGAGCACUCAGCUGAUCAGGCAAUAUCUGUGGAAAGAAGCUGUUAACAUUUCAGAUUUCAGAUCCUUCAUCGGAAACUGAACAUGUUGCAUCGUUCUGGACUCUUGAAUUCUCCAACUUUAGAUCACUUGUUCUUUCUGUCUGUUAGAACCAUCAAUUUCUGUUGGUUGUUCAUGUGAUUUUUUUUAGCUCUGUUUCUCUCUACUUCAGUAUAGUCUGAUCAGCUGGACGUGUUCCACAGCCCCGCUAUUAGUAACGCAGCACAAUGUGCCACAUUUACUUGUUUGGUUACACCCUUUCAGUGAUGAUCCCUUUUGUUCUUCCCAUCUCUCCCCCACCUCUACUACUAAAAUCCAACUUGUUUUCUCUUUUUCCCAGUUCUAGCUGUUUCUCUUUCCACAGUUGCUGCCUGACUUGCUGAGUGUUUCCAGCAUUUUCUAUUUUUAAUUAAUGAUUGCAUUGUCUCUUUCUGAUUUGUGCAUGACUUCAUCUCAAGUGAUUGACUCCAUGCUGUUGCCUUUCUGGAAAGAAAAGCUACAUUAUCAAGUUACUUAAUCCAGUUUAUCUUCCUUUAGUUCAUUAUCUGGUCCAAACAAUACUUCAUAAAUUUAAAACUUCUCCCUGUAAACUUUUUUAAAGAAAAUAUUGCGUGUGGAAAACCUGGUGGUGACCAGCAGUAGAAAUUAAAUCCAUUGCACUGUCAGAGUAACUAAGCCGAACCUACAGAAAUAAAUAGAAUGAUAUGGUACUGGAUGUGGCCAUUUGGCCCAUUGUGCACAUACUAACUCUUUAAAAGAGCUCUACUGUCAUUGUCAUUGCCCUGCUGUUUCCCUGUACCCCUGCAAAAUUUUCUUCCCUUUUCAAAUAUUUAUCCAGUUCAUUUUUGAAGUUCUAUUGAAUCUGCUUUGACCACCUUUUUGGACUUGACUUCCAGAUUGCAAUUUGUGAUUUUUUUUUCUUUUAACUUCAUCCUCUGAUAUUUGAGCCUGUAGGCAAUGGAAAUAUUUCCUUCAAGUCAACCCCUUAAGAUUUUGACUGCCUGUCAAGCAUGCUCCAUCUUUGAGUAAUGUCUGGAAAGAGAUGAAUUAAAGCAUUUAAAACAAAUAUAUUAAAUACUUUUACCAAACACUUAACUGGGAUUGAAAAGCAGAAAAUCCAGAAGCUGCGUCUAAAAUAAAAGCAAACAAUACUGAAAUAUUAACUCUUCUCCCUCCAAAGAUACUACCUGAUCCAAGUAUUUCCAGCAUUGUUGCUUUAAUUAGACUUUUUGUAAAGGUUUGUGGGAGGAGCUUAUGAGGAUGUAAUUGAUUUAUUAUUGUCACAUGUACCCAGAUACAGCGAAAGACUUUGCAUGCCAUCCAUACAGAUCCUUCCAGACAAGUACAUUGAGGUAGUAAAAAGAGAAAAGCAAUAUCAGAAUGCAGAAUAAAGUGCUAUAAUUACAUUUGCAGAGAAAGUGUAGUGCAGGUAAACAAAUAAGGUGCAAGGGCCACAACAAGGUAGGUUGAGAGAUCGAGAAUCUUUUCAUUGUACAAGAGGUCCAUUCAAGAGUCUGAUAACAGUGGGAUAGAAGCUGUCCUUGAGCCUGGUGGCAUGUGUUUUCAAGCUUUUGUAUCUUCUGCCUGAUGGAGAGUGACCAAGGUGGGGGAAGGGGUGUGUGUGCUUGAAUAUGUUGGCUGCUUCCCCAAGGCAGUGGGAAGUGUAGACAGAAUCAUUGGAGGGGAGGCUGGCUUUGGUGAUGGGCUGGGCUGUAUCCACAAUAAUGUGCAGUUAGCCUUAACAGGUUCAGCAGCAGUUUGAAGAAAUGUUUCCUCAGCCUAAUUAGCUGGUUUGGAUUUUCUUCUUGCUCCCUUCCUAGGUAGGGGGGGAUGUUGGGCUGUACCUUAGCAUUUAAAGAGUUAAAAUACAAAAGAUUUGCUGAUGGGUCAUGUUGAGCACCAAGUAUUUUUGUGAAGGGAUAUGUAAUAAAGUUCUGGAAUGUGAUUUUAAAAUUAAUUACUUAUUUGGAAAGCCUUCAAGUAAAUUCUUCAAGCUGGGCUCAACAGUUCACAGUAAUAGUUUAAAUUUACAACAUUGAAGUCCAUAUGGUCAACAGUCAACUGUGUCCUGCCUUUGUUGAAUUGAAGGAACAAUCCAAUUGGUUCCCUGCUCUUUCCACCAAACUCUGCAAAUAUUUUCGAGUGGUUAUCUAUUUUUUCAGAAAUUCCUGUUUAAUCUGUUUCCACUGGUCUUGUAAGGCAGUGCAUUCCAGACCAUAACUUGCUAUUUAAAAUAAAUAAAUUCUCACCCCAUUACUUUGAGCACUUAAAUGAAAAUUCUUCUGGUUACUGAUACUCUGUUUCUCCUUAUUUACUUUUAUCAAAACUAUUUAUAAUCUUCAAUGCUUUUAAAUCAAUCCCUUCUCUGCUCAAAGGAGAGCAACUCUAGUUUUCUCUGCCUCCAUGUAAUUUUAGCCCCUGCUGCCUGUUGUAAUUAUCGAGUCUCACAACUAAACAGAUACUUGCAAACGGGAGCAAGGUGCCUGAGUUUGAGCAGCAAUUUUGGCAUCCAGUUAUAUUAUCAACAUGCACACUAAUAACCAUUCCUUUUGUCAAUAGUCAUGUUUGUUGUUAAAUACAGAAUAGAUAAAUCUUAUCCAAUUUUUCAAUGUGGUAGAAUUUCACUGAGCAUUUUGCCCCUUCUGUUGUCUCCUCCCUUCCCCUUGGAGUGCUGCUAUCAGAAUUGUAUACAAUUAAAAGAAUUUGUACAAAGUUAGCUAUCAACACUAAAUGUUUUGUUGUAUUUAUAUUUUUUGAUUCUAAUGCACUUCUCACUUUGUAGCUGUCUGUAAUACACAAUAUGCUGCACAUGACGGCUCUGUAGUCAACCAUGAGAACUAGCUAUGACCACCAGUCUCUCUCCACAGCCCAUUUAUUAAAAUCCUUGACUAACCAAUAACAGUUGUAUGGUAUGUAGUUUAGUACUGGUAUUUAGAUGCUUACAAGUUUAGAUCAUGGCUACAUUUGCAGAUCCUUGUGCUGGGGCGCAAACAGCAAAUCUGCCUGAUUUGCUUCAUGUUCCUGUGGAAGCCCAUCAUCUGACCUUGCCCCAUUCCAUGUCAACAUCUGUGCAUCCCACAUCUUGGAGAAAGCACAGCUUUUGAGAUGAGGAAUUUUGUGCUAUUUUUCCAGGUUCCCUCCACUGAGUUGGAUAUCUACAGCAUGUUGUCCCUGGAAGUGGAGAAGACCCCUCUUUCUAUAGCACCUUUUUUAUCUGCUGUUCUUGUCACUUUUGCAGGAAAGUUGCUAUUGUGAUGUAGAAAAAUCAGCUGAUCAGUGCAUAGUGUGAGUUGCUCAAACAGCAAAUAAGCUAAGCAUUUGGUUCAUGUGUUCUGAUGAUAUUGGCUGAAGGCUAAAUGUUGGCCAGAACACAGGGAGAACUUGCUACUUGAGUGUUGUGGAAUCUCGGUGUACUGUAUUACAGUUUAGUGUGGUUGAAACAUGGCACAGUUGUGCAGUAGGUAGUGCUGCUGCCCCACAGCUCCAGAGACCCAGGUUCGAUCCUGACCUUGGGUGCUUGGUAUGACUGUGGUUGCCUCCCACAUUGUAGAUUGUUGAUCAGUGAUGUGGGUGUCAGGAGAAUCAGACAAAGUUGGAUAUGAACAAGAGUAGAUUACAGGGAAAUAAGAGGGGAAUGGGAAUUCUGAGAGAGCUACCAUGAUCUUGACAGGCUGAAAGGUUUCCUAUUGUCAAAAGGACAAUAUGGAAAAUAUGAUGCCCGUGGUGAAGCAGUGCUUCUGUAUAUGUUGUACGUUGAAGAUCUGGAGUGAGACUUGAAGACUGUUCUCUGGCCAACACUAAGCUAAAGCUGACACUUGGUUACUCAGGACAAGAGCAGGCCAUUUAGCCCUUGUAGUCAUUUCUGUUAAUGAUCUAAAUAACCUGAGCCAAGAAUAGUUUUUACAUUGCUAAUAUAAUGCUGGUACAUUAUCACAAAAAUGAAACUUGUCACUGUAUAAUGAAGUUGCAGUUUGCUCUGUUGGUGAGCUGCAGAUUUUCUGCUAUUUUUAUGGACAGGUGUAUGUGGUUGGUAGCAGCACUUGGUAAAGGAUUACCUCGGCACUUUAUAACUCCUUGCCUCCUGUUGCCUUUUCAGAUUUUAGGGUUGUCGUGAAUUAUGUUCUCUCUAAUUUUCAAAGCUCUUGUUACAAAAGUUUUGCUAUUUGGCAGCUUGCAGUAACUGUUUGCUUUGGUCUGGGUGUGUAGUUAAGGGUGGCCAUGUUUGCACUCAUGGUCGUUGGCAGUAUAAUGAUGGGGAGAAAACCUGAGAUCUGGGCAAAGUCUUUGGUUUGAGACAUAAUGACUGAAAUGUGUUCAUGUUGGAUUGUUUUAACUUCAAUGCACAUUAAAUGAAUUAUUUUCUA